AUGGACAAGAUUCAGAUCCGCACAUGUUUGGACGGGGAGGUGGUUGAUAUGUUGGUGAUGCAAGGGCAUGAGAUGUGUGCUCGGCCGGAGCUAGCCCUGCAGGUGAUCCGGCGCCGAGCUGAACAGGUCCUGGUAGGAAAGGUGCAGGUCAAGAGGAUCGUGUACCGAGAUGAGGAAGGAGAUUCUUGCACCCUCACCGCGCCCUCCAUGGCUGAUGCCUUGGACCUUUGCAAGGGCGGUGUGUUGCUGUUGCAAGUGGUCCCUGCUUCGCUGGGAACAGCCUCUUCGCUUCAUGCCGAAGAGCUGAUGGAUGAGUUGCUGAAGCGAGUGAAGGGACUCAACCUGAAGAGGGUCUGGGAGAGACUUGGGGAAGCAGGGCUGGAGCUGUUGGCUGAGCUUCAGAAACAAUGGCAGGAGGAUUGGGCAGAACUGAUCCAGCCUCUGAAUGCUCUGGCCUCGGGCAUGGAGAUCCCCAAGGACGACCUGUUGCAGCUGGCCAUUCAGAUGUACCAGAAGAUGGAUGGCUCUAUGCAAGAGAAGGUCAAUGCAUAUGCCUCGUGCACCCUGGAGGCUAUAGUGAAGGAGCUUUCGGCUCCACCCACCAUCCUCUGCAACAGCUGUGGCCUCGCCGUCUCCGUGGGGCACCUCUGUGUCUUCUGCGCGGGUGAUGCGAAACCCGAGCGAGAAGCCACGCGCCCGCGUGCUGAGCAGGUGGACACAUCAGUGGCGGCCACGGCGCUGAUGUCACUGCUUGAGCAUCCAGACAAGGUGGUGCGGGAGGCGGCUCAGCUGGCCCUUGAGGCGGCCGCGGCCGCUCCAAAGGCCCUUUGCGACGACGCCGUGUCCGUUUCCGACCGCUGGAGCUGGGAGCUGAUCAGCGAGGCAACGACCACGGAGGCAGAGCCGGAAGAGUUGGAGUCGAGGUCCGAGGAACGCGAGGAGUCGCGCGCGGAGAGCUGGGAGAGCGAAGAGUUCCAAGGUGCCAACGUGAUUCACAGCUCCUACUUUGACCGAGUGGAAGAUGGACCCCAUGGACCCAAGGAGAUCAAGCUUCCAAACAUCGAGGACGAUACCAAUGAGCAUCCUAAAGUCCUAGCGAGGGCUGGCAGAGAUAUUUUUUGGUCCUCGCUGGUAGAAAGCGCAGCAGCUGCCGAAGUCGUUCUGAAUUUGGUGCUGCCCUCCUUGGUCUGUUCUCGCCAUGCGGGGCUGUGGCAGCCACCAUCCGAGUGGCUGCUGAUCCUGCUGACGUUGGCCAUGAAUUUGGGGGGCACUUUUCUGGAAGGAUUCUUCAAAGCGACACGACUGCUGUCGCAGACCAUUCGGUGGAGUCAGAAAGAUCAUUUGUUGGUCUUCGUGACGGCGGAGGCCUUCAGCGCCGGUGCGCUGAGUGUGGCGACCUCUUUCCCUGGAGUAUCAGGAAGUGCUAGCGGCCUUCCACUGGGCUUGAACUCCUUGUGGUUUGGAGCCAUAUUUUCCUUCUCCAACAUGCUGCUGGGCCUCCUUUUCUACCUCUGGGGCAGUCGCACUGGACGCCUCUGUUUCAAGCGCGAGUGGCCUGCCAUCCUUCGCUUCGCCGAGGCCUGGCAGAAAUUUGCCCGGGCCACGGUGCUCUUGGCCAUUCUCCUGCCCAUGCUUGGGAGGCCCUUCAUUUCCUUGGCCCUGCGUGGGGAGUCCUUGCCUCCCCUGCCACUGGACAUGUCCGAGCCCGAACUCAGACCCAACCUGGCAUUGCCAAAGCUGCAGUACAAUGGUUGGGUCAUCUUUGAAUGCCCUCCCUUCAUCAUUGGAUUGCUCUGCGGUAUCGUGAUGAGCGUCUGCGGCGCGGCGCUGGCGACGUUUUUCUGUGGUCGCUUCGAAAGCCACGAACGCCCCGCCGCGCGGCUACUGGUGAACCUGGCAGCAUCUCUGAUGGCCUACACGGCACGAGGGAUUGAUGCAGCAGUUGACUCAGCAGAGGGGCAGAACCCUCUUCGUACCAGCAGCGACUUUCUACGAUCAAAGUUUGUGAGCAGUUUCUGCGGGGCGCUCUCAGCCUUUUCGGGCACCAUUGGGGACAUCGCAGACGUGCAGUUCGGGUGCGCCGCCGAGGACAGCAUGUUGGAUGCUCCCGAGAAACGAAACAGCAAAGCUUCCCAGCUCCGUGGCUUGUCACGCAUCCCGGCGAUCCAGAACUUCCUGCUGCACUGGCUGUUGACGCUGCUGGUGAUGUGGGGCUGCGCGCGCUUUGAGAGUUGGCCCCAUGUGGAGCUGGUGGAACUGGUGACCUCAAGCAGCUCUCCGGUGUCGUCGCUGUCGCUUGGUGGGCCCAGCCUGGUGCGGCGCGAUAAGGGGCGGUCCAAACGGGACCACAGCUCCCUGGAGCCGGACACGGAGUUGCUGCAUGCAAUGACCUUAGCGGUGCAGCCGCCUCCGCAAUACCUGCCGCGAGAGGGCGGGAGGGCCGGAGAUUUGUGCAGAUCCCAAGUGAACAUGUGUGAAACCGCAGGAGGGGAAGACAAGGAGACGGAGGAGACGCGACCAGGUGUGCGGGGCCAGAACUCUGCAGUUACCUUCGCGGCCUCGGCAUGCACUGGAGGUGCCGGCCACAUGGUCGAGCCCAGUGAGGACAUCGAAAGCAGCACCAUGGACGUCAGAGAUUUUAUUUUUCUGGUGGUGGAGCAGCUGAGUUUCUCGGCUACAACGAGCGCAGAAGGACCUGCUUUUGAGCCGAAAAAACGGGCGUUUCAGCAGCUGGGCAUCGAGCCCAACCCUGCCCGCUUCUGGGCUGCAGUGGCUCAGUGGGUUCCAUGUUGGAUGGCUCAGGUUGCAUUGCACAUCCGAGCUUUGCAGGAAACCAGCGUCAGAGCGGAAGUGAAUUUGAAGAAGCAGCGUGGCCGAGCCAGGCCUGACAUCAUGCGUUUCUUAGCUGAGGCCGUGCGGACGGGAGAAAGGAUGAACUCAUCCUUGACUGGAGAAGAUGCAGCCCAAGCAGAAGCCGAUGAAGCUUGCUGCUGCAUUGGCUCCUACUUGGGCUGCGUGUUCGUGAGCGAAAUACGAAGACAUCGGCCCCUGCGGCUGGCGACGAGGCAGCUGAAGGCCACGUGGAGAGACCAAACGCGCUUCGUCCGUGCCAAGGCACUGGCGCCCCUGUCCGCAGACUGGUGGAGCAGCAGGGGUGCCCUGUGGGUAGUCGCACUUGGCAAUGGCAAUGCUUGCAUUCUUGUGACUGGCUCAAGCGGCGACUAUAUCGCCCCCAAGGGCCUUGGCAGCAACGACAAGCAGGGCGCACCGCGGCGUGCGGUGGCCAGUGGCUUAGAGAUCGAUGAGGUGCCACGGCCCAAGAAGACAAAGCCCCAGAAUCUCCAGAAAUUGUCGAUGGAAGAUUUGAAUCAGCGGAAGCAUGAUUUGAAAAUGGAGGAGAACUACCACAGCAAUGUCAUGGGCAUCAAGAAGCGUGGGCCAUACAGUGCCAGCGACGUGCGGGCCAGCUACACUCAGGUGCUGAGAUUUCAGUACCUGCAGAAAGAGGUGGAUCUGGAGAUCGAACGUCGAGAAGCGCGGAAAGAGAGCCAGCAGGAGGCCAAAGCUCGGAAGAAGCAGGAAAAGGAGGAGACGCAACGCGCCGCCAAAGCUGCACUGGCUGCAGCCCAGGAAGACUCCUUCGCCUUCGGUCCUGGUGUGGCGUUGCCACCGGGCGUGCCGCCGGGCGGAGACGUCGCCUCUGGUGGCGGUUUCACCUCCUGGGACGACAUGAGCCACGAGCGGCCCUACGCCUCCGGCGCAUCCAGUGCCAGCUCCCAACGGCCAAUGGCGCCAUCGCCGGAGCGGGAGGAGAGCGCUGGGAGUGCCUCAGCCAAUUUCUUCAAGCAGAUGGCCAUGGCCAAUGCUAAUCAAGGAAUGGGUGGAUUCUUUGGCUCAGAAAACUCCAUGAGUGGAGCCUCUGCCGAGGAGUCGUCCAAUCCCAUGCUGGCCACGAUGGCCAAGAUGAUGAUGGAAACGCAGAAAAAGCUCAAAGAAGCACAGGAAAAGAUGAACAAAGUCUCUGAAAAGACUAGCGGUUCUUCUGGUGGCUUCCAGAUGGGUUUCUUGCCAUUCAGAUAUACUCUUGUUGGAUGUGGGCAUAGGCUUUGGAUCCGCACCCACCGCUUUCAGACGCUGAUUUGCCCGCGCCAGCCACCCGUGCCCGCGCGCAUCACAGUUGGAGGGGAACGCCAGUUGCUGGUGGAGGGUGGUGAUCCCAUCUCGCUGAACGAGCAGGCCCGGCAAAAACUGCAGUGGUGCUGGGCUGCUGGGACACCAACUCAUCACCGAUGGGAUCUGCGACAUUUUGAUUUCAUGGACCUAUCCCAACAGUUGGGUGGCCAGGGAGCUCUCUUUCACGGUCCAGAUCUGAGCAUGAAGGUGGUGGAGUAUCAGGAAGUGUCGACAGGGAUCACAUGGGAUGAGAUGCAACGCUAUGAUGAGGAUCCGCCCAGCCCGGUGAAUUUCCAUCGACCCGUGACCCGACCAAAGAUCGCCAUGUCUGAGUUCACCGUUCGCACGCGCAAGUUCCUGAACAACCCCUUGCUGGGACGCAAGCAGUUCGUCUUGGAUGUGAUCCAUCCUGGUAUGGCCAAUGUUUCGAAGAAGGAUCUGGCCGAAAAGCUGCGCAGCAUGUACAAGGUCCAUGACGUUCAGUGCAUCCAACUCUUCAGCUUCAAGACUGCCUUUGGAGGUGGCCGCAGCAGCGGCUUCGGUUUGAUCUACGAGAACCUGGAGAAGCUGAAGAAGUUCGAGCCCAAGUACCGCCUGAAGCGCACCGGCCUGGGUGGUGAGAAGAAGGGCCCCGGACGUCGUGCCAAGAAGGAUACCAAGAACCGCAUGAAGAAGGCCAGGGGAAAGGAGAAGGCCAAGGCUGGCGCCAAGAAGUCUCUGGAAGAGUCCAAGUGGAACAGCAACGAUGCGCGCUUGGGGCGGGCCAGUCGCGGCUCCAAUCGCUGUGCCUUGCGCUGA